UUGGCGAUGACGGCAGCCUCGCGUCACGUCCGUUGUCAGGUGGCGGAGUCGAAGAGCCCGAGUUGGCUGGGACAGGCGAGAAGCGGACGGUGGCCGGCGGGGCCGGGCCCGGAGGCGGCGGCGAUGGAACUCAGAAUGAACCAGCGAGUGUCCGACAGAGGGGGCGGGGAAACGUCCACCAAGGCUUUCUGCCCGGGAAUUUCCAGCAGCAACACCAAGCGGGCAGGACCUUUCAUUCUCGGGCCUCGCUUGGGCAACUCCCCAGUGCCGAGCAUCGUCCAGUGUUUGGCAAGGAAGGAUGGGACAGAUGACUUUUACCAGCUCAAGAUCCUUACCUUGGAGGAUAGGAAUGAUAAAGGCACAGAAACCCAGGAGGAGCGCCAGGGCAAGAUGCUACUCCACACAGAGUACUCGCUUCUCUCCCUCCUGCACAGCCAGGACGGGGUGGUCCACCACCACGGCCUUUUCCAGGACCGAGCCUGUGAGCAUGUGGAAGACCUGGAAUCCAACCGGAUGGUGCGUAAGAUGAAGAAGCGCAUCUGUCUGGUGCUGGACUGCCUCUGUGCCCAUGACUUCAGCGACAAGACAGCCGACCUCAUCAACCUGCAGCACUAUGUCAUCAAGGAGAAGCGCCUCAGCGAACGGGAGACCGUCGUGAUUUUCUACGACGUUGUGCGGGUAGUGGAAGCCUUGCACAAGAAGAACAUUGUGCACAGAGACUUGAAGUUGGGGAACAUGGUGCUGAACAAAAGGACCCACCGAAUCACCAUCACAAACUUCUGCCUGGGGAAGCACUUGGUGAGUGAAGAUGACCUCCUGAAGGACCAGCGUGGGAGCCCCGCCUACAUCAGCCCUGACGUCCUCAGUGGCCGGCCGUAUCGUGGGAAGCCCAGCGACAUGUGGGCCCUGGGUGUGGUCCUCUUCACCAUGCUGUAUGGGCAGUUCCCCUUCUACGACAGCAUCCCCCAGGAGCUCUUCCGCAAGAUCAAGGCUGCUGAAUACACCAUCCCCGAAGAUGGGCGGGUGUCGGAAAACACUGUGUGCUUGAUCCGAAAGCUGCUCGUCUUGGACCCUCAGCAGCGCCUGACCGCCUCCGAAGUGCUCGACUCCCUCAGUUCCAUCAUUGCUUCCUGGCAGUCCAUGUCCCUGCUGAGCGGGCCCUUGCAAGUGGUGCCUGACAUAGACGACCAGGUGGCGAAUCCAGAAAGCGCACACGAGGCGAAGGUGACGGAGGAGUGUUCGCAGUAUGAGUUUGAGAACUACAUGAGGCAGCAGCUGCUGCUGGCCGAGGAGAAGAACACGCUCCACGGGGCCAAGAGCUUCCUCCAAAAGCGGCAGUUUGGGAACAUCCCUCCGGUGCGGCGCCUGGGCCACGACGCCCAGCCAAUGAACCCCUUGGACGCGGCCAUCCUUGCACAGCGCUACCUUCGGAAGUAGCUCCUCCCACCCCACCGUGGGCCUCUUGCCCCCGAGGGGGCAUGCGACAGCGACAGCCAGGUCCCAGGAUCCCUCACAAUGUAGCAGUCUUCCCCUGUGAGCUGAGUGCUCAACAGGCAUUGCCUGCUGGGCUUUGCCCCCCGACCCCGGAGGGGGCAGCAGGGGAAAGACCCCAACUGUCUGGGGAAAUGGCUGGCGGAUUUUAACUCCACACCUAGACAGCUAAUCUGCUUUUAAUCAUGACUCUGAAAUCUACCUCUCUGCCUCUUUUUAACCACACUGUUCUCUGGACUGAAACGAGGAGCGUUUUUUGGCAAAGUUUGCCCCCGCAGGCUUCUUUUCUGACGCAGACGUUGGACUGCUGCGGAGACCACGUGGGCCGUGCUUCGCUCUGUCUGGUUUGAAUAAGCUUAAUCAUUUCCCCCUCCUUUCUUCCCUCCCCCCUGGUGGGUUUCAUGAAAGUAACUAUUUCUUAAACCCUCUCCCCCAUCCCCUUUGUUCUAUUUUUAAUUUAACACCUAGUUUGAAUAUAUUUUGUGUAAACGUUGGUUUCGGGCCCUCUGCGUGACCACAGGCUUAGCAAAUGGGUUGCCUCCACUACGAGCUGCUCUCCACGUGAGAAAGCCUCGCUCUGCAGAUUCUGACCUGGGGAAAGAGUUCCAAACCAGGGGCUGUUUUAAAAAAUGUAGCUUUUCCGAGGGCCCAAACCUCCCUUUUCCAAUCACUUUAAUUAUUUGGGGAUAUCCUGGGAGGGUUUUUGUUUUGUUCUGUCUUCCUUUCUUUUUUUAAAUGGUAGCUUUUGAAAGGCGCAGUAACGUUGCAUUAAUUCUGUUGACAUUUCUCCCUGCCUCCUCCUCACCCACACUGGUACGGCUGAAGGGAUAAAUCUGUGAAAAAUGUGAAAAGGGUUUGCUUGCUUCGUUUUUGUUUUGUCCCCUACCCCCCAGGCUGUCUCAGGUUCAGAAAUGCCUGCUGGUCUCCACUCCUUUAUGUGCUCUUUGCUUUGUCUUGCCAUUGCCAUCUUGUCACAGACAAUUCCCCCACCAUGACAUUUAUUAUUAUUUUUUGCGGGGGUGGGCGGAAGUGGUUCCCCUGAUGCUGUGCAAACGGCAGGUCUUGCUGGGACUGGGCUGGAUCAUUUCUGAGCCUCGUUUGUUGGAACUGGAUGCCUCUCUUGCCAGAUAAGCUGUUCUCAAGCAACCCUCCCUAGGCUGUGCUGCCCCAUUUCCACUCCCUUCCCAUUUCCGGUCAGCCUUCAUCACCCUUUCAAAAAUUGUCUCAAAAUGUGUGGUGUCCCCUCCCCACCCACCCUCUUGAACCACUGGAUGCCUGCAGAAGCAGCAUUGCGGUAUCCAGGAAGCGACACUGACCUGAAGGAAGUUGGCUCUGCAGUCUGGCUGGAGUGGGGCUGUUGGAUGGCCCUGAGAUGAAUGAACCAGCCGAGGACAACGGCCUCCCUUAGUGUGAAUGUGUUUGCAUGGUGCAAAGAGGAGGACUAGCGAAGGUUGUAGAUCCUGAAAUCUGACUUCAGCACAAGGAAUUAUUUUCUACUGACGAGAACUGCAAAAGAAUUCUGCAAAUCUCUUUAAAAAGAGAAAAGAAGAAAACCAACCACGUUGAAACUUCCUUGCAGAACCUCUGUGCCUGAUCUACACUCCCCUCCCCUCUGUGGGGCAGACUCUGCUUUGGUUGUUCUCUGGCUUUCUCAUCGUUGCUAAGUUGGGAAACAGGGAUGGAGUUAGGGAAACCCACAUUUUGCUCUCUCACUAGGAAUGGAUGGUAACCAACCCCUCAAAGGUCACCAGCCCCCCCCCAUGCAGUCUCACCAAGAAACACAGCAUAAACCUGUCUAUAAGGCAUUAGCUCUGUGGAUCAAGCCAAAACUGGAUUGGUGAACGCUAACAAGCUUAAUGGCACCCCUUGCUUGGCCCAGGUGGGGGCAGUAAAUUUGGGCUCCCAUUUCACAGCCCCUUCUGUGGGCCAAACCUCUCCAGGUGAGCCAGUUGCUGUAGGCCCUUGGAUCUUGUUUCCUGGGCCCCAGCCUCUCUGGUGGUUUUUGGGACUGAUGCUUGCAGCACCAUCAUAGCCCACAAGAUGGAGGAAUCCCUCAGUUGGGGGGUAAGAUAUUUCCCCAACUCCAAAAAACUGAGUUGCCCAUCUUGUCAUCUGGAAGCACAUGCGAGGUGUCCUGCUUGAGCGGGGCCUGCACACCUCCAAAAUGAACUAUUCUGCUGAAGACAGACCCAUAGCAGUUCCCCUCAGUCCUACCUACAGCUUUCUAUGGGGUUGCAGUCCCAGCUGACAUGUUUUCUUAAUAGUAUUGGAAGGUGGGAGAAGAAGUGUAGGAUGACAGGCGAGGUGUGGGCCUGCUUUCACAACAACUUUCUAGUCCACUUCCCAAGCAGGUGGUUUCUGUGGACUUCUCCUCUGCCUGGAAUAUUUCCUGUGUCAGUAGCAAUAGAAGCCCCCUGGGCAGGGCCGGCUCUUCCUUCCCCUCUCGGAAUUCAGGCAGGGCAGACUCUGCUCCCUCUGCUUCCUUUCUCUCUCUCAUCUCCCCUUCACCAGUACUGACCAUCUUCCCCAGCAGAGCUGGCUGUGUGUUUUGCAUUGGGACUCUCUCCAUCCUCAAAAAACAUAGCAAUACUCGACAGGCUGUCAAGCUGUGUGCUCCGCCCAACUCUGGACAUGGUGAUGAAAAGCAAACUGAAAGGAAAUGGGGAGUGAGGGUGUGUGGAAAUUGGGGUGAGCUGUCUGGGUUGUGUUUUUGUGGAUUACAAGCCGGAUGAGACACCAGAGACAAAAGAUCCUAUUGUAAAAAAAUUGCAAAGAUAAUUUGUAUAGAGACCUAUUUUUGUAUUACAUCCAACUAUUCCUGCAUGUCAGCAAUAAAAUUUCAUAAUGUAGAACUAAA